CUCUCUCUCUCUCUCUCUUGCAAGACUCUUCAAGUUGGGUGGUACUGCAAAGAGAAAAAAGGAAGUUUAAGCCAACACAGUGCGCACCAAUCUCCACUGUCUAUGGAGAUCACACAAACACCUUUCUUUCUUUAGACUUGCUCUCUUAUCUAUCCAUUGCUAAAGCUUAUAUUAAAGAAAAAAAAUAUGUUCUUUCUUUUCUCUCUUUGCAAAGCCACUCGAAAGUUAGAACCAAACUUACCCAUUUAAAGAAUAGUGACAAGUAUUUUGCAAGUUGUAAGCUUUUGAAUCAAAGGUCGUAUUUUUACUUGGAAUCUUUGUGGACAAAUGUUAAGACCCUUUUGAAGGGAAGUUGAGUUGGUAGUUUGGGUAGUGUGAAUCUUUAACGAUGGAUCCGCCAGCAAUGAUGAAUGAGGGUUCGUACAACUUUGCAGAGAUCUGGCCAUUUCAGGUUCAUGGAAGUGGUAAUGCGAACGAAUCUGGAGGUGCGUUGGGACUGAGGGGAGUUCAGUAUGGGCAGAAUUUAAGUCAAUUUGUGACUAAUCGAGAAAUUUCUGGUGAUGAUCCGGUGAGUUUGGAGCGUAAAGUAGCUCAUGGGAAUGGUUCAAGGAAGCGGUGUGAGGUAGAGGAUGAGUCAGCCAAGGUUGUAUCAACAAGCAGUGGCAAUGGCAAUGGAGUGAAUGAUUCUGAUGGAAAACGGAUUAAAACAUCUGGAAAUAGAGAUGACAAUCAGAAUUCAAAAACUAAUGCCGAACCCAGUUCAGGCAAGCCUGUGGAACAAAAUGGUCAACCAGCAGAGCCACCUAAACAAGAUUAUAUCCACGUUCGAGCAAGAAGGGGCCAAGCUACUGAUAGCCAUAGUCUAGCAGAAAGAGCUAGAAGAGAAAAGAUAAGUGAAAGGAUGAGAAUUCUACAGGAUCUGGUCCCUGGUUGUAACAAGGUUAUUGGCAAAGCAUUGGUCCUUGAUGAGAUAAUUAAUUACAUCCAGUCGCUACAGCGGCAGGUUGAGUUUCUGUCAAUGAAGCUUGAAGCAGUCAAUUCGAGAGUGACCCCUGGUAUUGAGGUAUUUCCUCCUAAAGAUUUUGGUCAACAAGCAUUUGAUACUGCUGGCAUUCCAUUUGGUUCUCAAGCUUCAAGGGAUUUCGACCGCGGUACAUCACCAGAGUGGUUGCACAUGCAGGUUGGUGGUUUUGAAAGAAUGACUUAGGAAAAAAAAAAAA